AUGGCCCUGCCCCACAGCCUGCCCCAUGGCGCCCUGAGCACCAUGCUGACCGUGCUGCCCCCUCCGGGGCUGAAAUGCCGCCAGCUCAAUGUCUCUGGGAAAUACCUGACCGUGCUCAAGGUGCUGAACGGCUGCUCCCAGGAGGAAAUCUCCCUGUGGGAUGUCCGCAUCCUGCCCAACUUCAACGCCAGCUACCUGCCCAUGCUGCCCGACGGCUCUGUGCUGCUGGUCGACGACGUCUGCCAUCACUCGGGCGAGGUGCCUGUCGGCGCCUUCUGCCGCGUGGCCGGUGCCGGCUCCGGCUGCCCCUGUGCCCUGAGUGCCCUGGAGGAGCAGAACUUCCUCUUCCAGCUGCAGGCGCCCGAGCGGCCCCAGGAGGACACCAAGGAGGGUCUGGAGGUCCCCCUGGUGGCUGUGGUUCAGUGGUCAACACCCAAACUCCCCUUUACCAGCAGCAUCUACACCCACUACAGGCUGCCCAGCAUCCGGCUGGACCGGCCGCGGUUCGUGAUGACAGCUGCCUGUGAGUCGCCCGUGCCCCUGCGCCGACGCUUCACCGUCACCUACACCCUGCUCAACAACCUGCAGGACUUCCUGGCCGUGCGGCUCGUCUGGACCCCGGAGAGCGCCACGGCGGGUAGGUGGGGCUGCGGGGGCCUGGUCUUGUGGGGCGGGCAUGGGGGGCUGCGGGAUGGAGCUGUGGGGACUGUGAGCAAGCUGGGCUGGCCCGGGGCUGGGGGUUCAGUGGCGGGCUGGGAGCACUGGAAGGGGUCAGGAGAGGCUGGGAGCCCUGGGAGGGUUCGGUGA